AUGUCAACUUAACAAACUGCUUAACUUCCUCAAUAGCUAAUUUAAAUGCUCAAGCAGAUGUGGGUAAAGGAAUCUGCAGAUAAAAAAUCUUGGGAUGUUAAACUGGCAUCCAAAGAUUUUAAGCUUACAAACGCAUUCAAUCAAGCACUUGAUAGAGUUUGUAAAGAUGGAUAUAGUAAUGUUGAGAAAAUCAGUCUCUCAUUAGUAGGCGUUUAACAAAGUCAAUAUGAAUAAAUUGGAGGGAUUUUUUAUAGCUUUAAUCAUAUGAGUGAAUUCAAUAUAGACGUAGGUAAUUUUACACAUCUAAACUAAAAUAUCUUCCUUCUUCCUAAUCUGAAAAAGCUUAAUCUUACAUUAGGAACUGCUGAAAGUGGAGAAUCAAUUUUAAUUGGUUUAUCAUUAGCUUUACAGUAGAUGAAGUUAUUGGAAUCGUUAACUUUAUAAAUUGGUGAAAGCGGUUUAGUAGGAUAGUUUUGCGAAAAUUUAGGGUAAACUCUAUUAAGUCUAAAGAAUCUUUACCAUUUUUCGUUGACAAUUUUGAGUUUUAAUAGAUUUUAUGAAUAAUACUUUGAGAUAUUAAGUAGAUAUUUACAGCAGCAUAAUUAAAUAUAAUCUACUUCUCUUCAUCUAAAGUAUUGCAACUAAUAUUCGCAUGAACUAAAUGAAACUAAAAAUAAAAUAAUUCUUAAUUUAAAUUCAUCUGAUACAAUACUAAACGCCAAAAUAGAAUUUGAAUAUGGACCAAAUUUGAUUUUUUCCUAAGUUAAUCUAAGAAAAUCUGAAGUUUAUAAAAUAAUAGUAUUUUAAACGAAGAUCGCUUCUUAAUUGUUUAACAACUAAGCAAUGAUUCUUACAGAUUUAUAUUAUUGA